AUGGCGCUCCAUAUACCCUUCCUGUCGCGCCUGCACAUCCGCGAGUACGUCGCCCUGUCGGUUUCCGUGUGUCUCAUCAUCCUCGAAUCCAUCAUCGCCGUCAUCACCCUCGCCCUGCCCACGCCCAUCAUCAACUUUUGCUACCGCCUGACCCGCCGCCUGUUCAACCACCUCUCCUCGCCCUCGUCCAAGCGCUCGCGCCAGAAGAAGAAGGGCGUGUGGAGCUCCAUCGCCAACGCAUCCGAUUUUACCGAGCUAUGCGACCUCUACGGCUACUACUGCGAGGAACACAUUGUACAGACCGGUGAUGGCUAUCUCCUGGGUCUGCACCGCCUGGGCUGGCGACAGGGCGAAGAAAACAUGCGCGUCAACAGCGGAGACAAGGCAAAAGGCCUCAAGAAGAAGGUUGUCUACCUCCACCACGGCCUGAUGAUGAACAGCGAGGUCUGGGUUUGCUUGACCGAUAAGCAGCGAUGCUUGCCGUUUGAGCUGGUGGAGCGAGGAUACGACGUCUGGCUCGGCAACAACCGCGGAAACAAGUACUCCAAGAAGAGCGUCCAUACUCCCCCUACUUCGAGCAGCUUCUGGAACUUCAGCAUGGACCAAUUCGCCUUCCACGACAUUCCCGACUCCAUUGCCUACAUUCUCGAGACUACGCAUCAGCCGUCGCUAUCGUACAUUGGCUUUUCCCAAGGUACUGCCCAGGCCUUUGCAACGUUAUCUAUCCAUCCUACGCUCAACGAGAAGGUAGAUGUUUUCAUUGCGCUAGCCCCAGCCAUGUCGCCCAAGGGCGUUGCGUCAGGCAUUGUCGACGCUUUCGUGAAAGCUUCUCCGGACAUUCUGUACUUGGCCUUUGGGCGCAAGACCAUUCUCCCGUCGGCGACCAUGUGGCAAUCUAUCCUAUAUCCACCCAUCUUCGUUCGCUUCAUUGACACAUCCCUGCGCUUCCUGUUCAACUGGUCCGCUGUCAACAUUCUGCCCGAGCAAAAGCUCGCAGCAUACCCACAUCUGUAUUCAUACACGUCGACCAAGAGCGUGGUACACUGGUUCCAGAUCAUUCGAAAUGGCACAUUUCAAAUGUACGACGAUGAAGCGCCAAACCCGAUCACCUCGAAUCGGUCCAAGUACUACAAAGUCGCCAAAUUUCCAACCAAGAACAUCAAAACGCCCAUUGUGCUUGUCUACGGUGGUUCAGACAGUCUAGUCGACAUUGAUGUUAUGCUAAAGGAGCUGCCGUCUCAUACCAUAGCAAAGGAAAUCCCCCACUACGAGCAUCUGGACUUUUUGUGGGCCGAGUCGGUCGACACUCUCGUUUUCCCACAUGUCUUUGAAGCACUGGAUAAAUUUGCAACUUCAGAAGCGGCAGCUCUAGAGGGUCAGAAACAACGACGCUUGCGAUCACCGGGCAGGUAUCAAGGUCUUUUGCCAGAAUCCAGUAAGCUCCCUGGGUUAGACGCCGAAGACUACGACGAAGACGAUGCGGGAGACGAGAGCGCGACAGCUCCAGUAGCGCUACGGACAAGAAAGGUGUCCCAGCCCUCGCGGACGCCGAGCUCCAUCGAUGGUACGACAUUAGCAGAAAGGCCGUUGUCAAUCAUGUCACCACCUCCGUCACACAGAAUGUCAACCAUGUCUACACCAGACCCCACAAACAGGAUGUCAACCAUAUCUACACCAGAUCCUUCAAAUAGGAUAUCGACCAUAUCCUUCAACUCCCCAGGUGCGUCAGUUGGCGAUUCGCAAAUCACGGAAAAGACCUCCACGUCUCGGCCUGAGGGAUGGUGGUCCUCGGACGAAGUCGCUGGUACGGAUCCGUCUCAAACUACCACACCCGCUAACCAGACCCCCGCCAGGAGGUCAAGCUUCGACAGCCAGCAGAGCACGAAGAGUAUGGCGGGCAAAUUCGGAGCCAAUGGUAUCACUCUUGGCGCGAGCAAAGCCGUCAGCGGACUCACACAAGGAGAAGGAUUCAACUUCGGCGAGGGCAGUAGUAACAAGAGUCAAAUCGAUCGGGAAAGACUACUGGAGGCGGAUAGGAAACAGCGGAGGAACGUCUUGAAGAAGAGGCAUCCAUCUAGUGGUUGA